UGUAAUGGGAUGUUCCAGCCUGCUGCCUGUGCGCGCUGCCCGAGUCCGAGCUGUCGCUUUAAGACAGCGAUAGCUUUGUGUCUCAUUAAUUCAAUGUACAGCGACGCGUUAGCGGAGAAACAUUAUUAGACUGCCCUGCGCGCACAGAGAGGAGAGGAGGGGGAGCUGAACGGAGCUGUGCGCGGUGACAGAGCCGGGUUUAAAGCAACAAAGGAAGAAGAAAAAACACCUCAAGUUGUUACUGCCGCUAAAGGAAUAAAGAUGAAAACAUCCUGAGGAUGGGCUGCACACGUUUGGAUUAAAAGUCUGCAUCAUCGCGCACUUGGAGGAUUUUCACCACCAACUGGAGUAAAGGAAAAAAAUAGAUCCGAUCAAAGGAGGCGGACAGAAGAUCUGAAAGCAUGUCGUCAGAAAAGCACGGGCUGGAUGACUCUGGCCGUCAGACUAUGCAGCCUCCUCCGUACCUGCCCGGCCCACAGGACCCCAACAUGCCCCAGCACCCCAACAUGCCUCCCGCGCCAGGCACCCAGCCCAACUACCCUCCUCCGCCUCCUCCUCCGGGUUCAGAGGGAUACCUCCAAGAAACUCAGUUCCAGUGUGCCCCGAUGGGGCCUCCGGGAGCCCCGCAGGGCUACACUGUCCAGACCCAGGCUCCGGGAGGCACCAUGGCGCACCCUCCUGUGGGAUACCUUCACCCGGGCUACCCGCUUCAGCUGCAGCCGUGCACAGCUUACGUUCCCGUCUACCCCAUGGCAUCGGGUCAGCCCUACAUGCCGGCUGGAGGAACUCACCCAGGGAUCCCACCGGGCCAGAUUCACCCCAUGCAAAUGCCACCGAGCAUCACCCUAAUGGACCGCCGACCGCCGCACGACUACCUGCCCAUCGCCGUGCUCACCACCGUCUGCUGCUUCUGGCCAACAGGCAUCAUUGCGAUCAUCAAAGCAGUGCAGGUGCGUACGGCGAUAGCCAGAGGGGACAUGGUGACGGCGGAAAUAGCCUCCCGCGAGGCGCGCAACUUCUCCUUCAUCAGCCUGGCGGUUGGCAUUGCCUCCAUUGUGUUGUGCACCAUCCUCACCGUGGUAGUCAUCAUAGCAUCGCAGCACCACGAUGACGACUGGGAGCCGUAACUCCACUAUUAAGUCCUGCUGGGAAAUCAUGGCCUGUAUUAGCUAGCUAACUCUCAAUCAUUAUGAGGAUGUAGAAGCAUUAAAAAAAUGCACUGCACUCAAAACUGCUGCUGGCCCUCUGCAUACAGCCACACACACACACACACACACACACACACACACACACACACAGCUCUGACCUAACCUGCCGCCAUCACACACUCACAACCAACCACAGCUGUCGUCCAAAUGCAAGCAGCUGUCAAACGAGGCCCAGCUUUGCUGUUAUCACAGCAGCCGCUUAAUAUUUACACCCAGAUAUGAGCUGCAGGAGGGAAACAAAGCUCCUUGCAUUAACAAUUCAUGUGACGCUGAUUAAUUCAUACGUCCUUCACUGAUGUGUUUGGAUGAGAGGAUAGGCCGCUGUGUGUGUGUUACAUAUUUUAGCAGCAAAAUUGACCAAGUGGCGACCCCCGCGGUUGAUGAAAUUUCAGACACCGCAUUUAAAAAAAAAAAAAAAAAAAAGGUUUAUUUAGCAUAUUUAAGUCUCGCUG